GGAGUGGGUGGUGUGCUCCUGCGGCUUCUGUCGUGUCGCAGGCACACGCGCCGCUGGCAGAGCCGCAGUUGAAGUGGUCUGAGCAGGACUGGCGUUGCCCCCACUACUGAGCAGACUGACCGAAGCAACUGGCCUAGCGACCCACUCGCUUCCUCUCUCCAUCUUCUCUCCUGGCUUUCGGAGCCAAAGUAUGUAGCUUGCAUCUGGCCGCCUGGGUCCCCAGCAGCUGACGCCCACCCGCGUCGUCGAGUGUAUCAGGUGCGCAGCUCGCGGAGGGCUAGCGGCGGGCACAGGCCCAGCCAGCCCACGGUCUGCAGAGGCCCCAGGAGCCCGCCUCUCGGGCCUCCAUCCCACCAGGUCCAGGUAGCCCUCCUAGGGGCCGUCCAUAUGGGCCACUUUCUCUCGAAGGAGGCUCGUAACCGUCCCAGCCAGAAGAAGCCUCGCUGCUGCAGCUGGUGUCGCCGCCGCCGCCCUCUCAUCAGACUGCCGGGCCGGGCCACUACCAAGGCGUCCCCCCAGGCCGCGGGGUCUCGGAACCGCGACUGCUUCUUCCGCGGGCCAUGCAUGCUCUGCUUCAUCGUGCACAGCCCCGGCGGGCCCGCCCCUGCCGGCCCAGAGGAGGAGCCGCCGCUGUCGCCGCCGCCGCCGCUGCCGCCGCGGGACAGGGCCUACGCCGCCGCCCCCUUGCAGCCUCUGGAGCCGCGCUACGCGGCCUUGGCUGCUGAGGACUGCGCCGCCGCCGCCCGCCGCUUCCUGCUGUCAUCGGCCGCCGCCGCCGCUGCCUCCUCGGCCUCUUCGCCCGCGACACGUUGCCGGGAGCUGGGUCUGGCCGCCGCCGCCGCUUGGGAGCAGCAGGGCCGCAGCCUCUUCGUGGCAAGCAUGGGGCCUUUGCGCUUUCUGGGGCCGCCUGCCGCCGUCCAGCUUUUCCAGGGGCUGCCGCCACACGGUGAGCACCCUUUGGCCCCCGAGAUAGUGUGCAAGGUUCAGGAGGCCGGGAUUCCUGACAGCACCUUCUGCAUGCAGCCCCGCGGCGGCGGUGGAGGAGGAGAAGGAGGAGUAGGAGGAAGAGGAGGAAGAGGACCUGUGGGAGGAGGUGCCUCGCUGUUGCAGCAGCUAGAUGCAGGAUGCUGCCAUGCCCCAGAGCAGUCCCCGCCAGGGCUCGGCUCCAGGCCCACCUCUCCAGCCUCCCAGAGUUCCCUCCUAGAGGCCGCCGAAGACGUACUCCGAGCUGGAGGCAUCGCCCCCUGGUCCGCCCAGCCGCAGCUGGAAAGCCGUGACGCGGACUAUAAGAAGCUUCCCGAAAACCCCUGCAGCUACUUUAGGGAGUCGCCCCCUGAAACCCUAGAUAUCAACCAGCUGCCGGGGUCCAUCGUGCUUGAGGUGGAUGUGGAUGAUUAGGCCCAAGGAUGCCAUUUUCCCCCACCCCACCCCCACCCUCCUGAGGCUUUCUCUUUCCUCCCGCUGUGCACGGAGGAGUGGGGGUCCCUGAAUGCCAGGGGUCGCCCGAAGGGGAUACUGGAAAGCCAGUAGGCCCCGUGCUUAAGGCUUGUUUUGAAGUAGAAAAGCUUGGAGUCUGCUGAAUGCCUUGUAGUAGAUUAGGUCUGUUUCCACAAUUCAGGAUUCAUUUAUUGCAUUAGCAAAUCCCGACAUUAGAUUUCUGUGGAAUAAAUAUACGCACACUUGAGCAAUUUAUAUUUGGUGGGUAACAGCUUUACAUAUUGAUGUUUGAAAGUUUCCAAACUGUUUUCAGGUUUGAUAACUGCUACUUAGUGCCAAUAGCUUACAAUUAAGCAUGUACCAUGAUCAGUCACUGUACCAGAGCUUUAUAUAUACAAUCUCAUGGAUUUCCUCCAUUUGAUGCUGUGAGAUAAGUCCUGUCAAUAUUUACUGUAUUCAAAAAGAAAUGGACAUUCCAGUAUUUUAGGACAGAUGACUUAACACCGGUGAGCCAGGAAGAAGAGGACUUUUCGUUUUUUCUUGUAAAACAAAGUUUAGAUGGGCUUAAAGGGGUUGAAUGACUGGUUCAAGGUCACACCCAUUAAACUAAAGAGCAAAUGGAGGUCUUGAACUAAGGAAUUUUGGCCAGCUUGACUUGAAAAAAAAAUAUCUCUGUUGUUUAUGCUGUUGUUUUUCCUUCUUACUUCCUUACCUUCAUAUGUAAUGGAUUACCAGAAGUCAGAAGUCUUUUAUGUUGGGGUUGGGUGUGAAGAAGUGAAGUGCCUGGUAGGAAUUUUGUGUCACUGUCCUUUACUGAGUAAAAUUUCCUGCUUUCUCAGAGCUACAGAUAAACAUUGUGAUAGUUUGUAUUACAUUAUGAACUCCCUUUCACCCUAUAUUCUGUCUUUGUUCCCUUACCUUUUCCUGGAGGUUAAAAGAUAAGAACUUGGUUUUUCAGUGUGGAUGGUAUUUAAAUAAGACUAGCCAGAAAUAAUCUUCAGGAAAAUUUGGCUACUUUCAUUGUUACUGAAUUAACUGCCAAUGUAAUUGUAAAUGUUACUGUCACAUCAGUGUACCUUAUUUGAUUAGACUUUAACAUAUGUGUAAUUGUGUGUUUGGAUGUAUUUUACUGUGAUAUUGAUGUUCUUGUGAACAAUACAGCAAAAGACUGAACAA